AGAGAGAGAGAGAGAGAGAGAGAGCAGCUCGACCAACGCGUCUCGCGUGGAUUUUACCAACCAAGGCAGCGCGCGAAGGACUUUGCUCUUAUUCCCCGCUUUAUUUCUGCAUUUAUUUGUCAAACGUACUAAGACUCGGCAUACGAACCAAACUACACGAGAAGCAGCAGGGGGGUGGAAUUAAAAAAAAAACAAACAAACGCAACACGUAUCCGGUAGUGGUCCCACGAGAGAAACGACAGGAGUUUGGAGCCAGACGUGGAAAGCAAAGCGAAGUAAGGGACGGGGAAAAGACGGCAUUUCGCUUGCUUUGCAGCACUACCCUCCGCCAAAAAAAGAAAAACCCGGAAUAAUGAGGAACGUUUGCUUCAUUUUGACCCUCGGCUUGGCAGUCUACCUCUCCGGGGAAAGGAUAGCAGAGGCAGCCAAGACUUCCUCGCAGGCUGACGACUUAUACCUGGAUGACACCGGCUCGGGAGGUUACUACCCCGAAGACGACGAUGACUUUAACUCGGGGUCUGGCUCAGGUGCGGGUGAAGAGGUGGCCGAAGAAGUAGUGACCGUCAGUAUGGUGUAUAUCGCACCCAAGGCAGUAGAUCCCACCAAGGACUCCACCAAAGAUUUCAUCACGAAGGUGGAGGCGGCUACAGUCAGAGAAAAGGCCGGCGACGGCGCAUCUAAAAAGCCAUUCAGAACAGAGGCCCCACCAGUGCCGGUUACAGAGGACAUGCAGAGGAACCAGAUGACCAGUACAACCAGCAACCCAGGCUCGCCUCAAGAGCCCAUCGAGGUCCGCACCGAGAACCUCUUCCAAAGGACGGAGGUGCUGGCAGCUGUUAUUGCUGGCGGGGUGAUUGGAUUCCUGUUCGCCAUCUUCCUCAUCCUACUCCUGGUUUACCGCAUGAGGAAGAAGGACGAGGGCAGCUAUGACCUGGGUGAGAGGAAACCUUCCGGCGCAGCCUAUCAGAAGGCCCCGACCAAGGAGUUUUAUGCAUAAAAGCCCCGCCCCACCAGUCAUGGGAUCAACAAAUCACAAGAGGCUGCCCGAGCGGCAGCGCCCGGCAGCAGCGAACAUGAGAAACAACAAUACGUUACAAUGUUGAUUCAUGGAAAAAUAGCAUAACGGAAAGCUUUUGCAUAGCAUAUUGUUCUUAAGAUCCCCCCCCCCCCCACCACCUUUUUUCUUUCCCAAACAAGCUUUCCUCAUUUUAUGGCAACUGUCAGUGUACUGUGUAAAAAAAAAAAAAAAAAAAGAUUUUUAAAAAGAUAUCACAAACAGGAUCUGUAAAGGUGAGAAAAUCAACUGCAUCUGUCUUCUGUCAAAGGAGCUUGUGUUUAGUCACUGACUACUUUUAACUGUAGCAGUAUGUGUAAAGAAAAAAAAAUCAAAAGUGGAAAUAAUUGAAUAUAAUUAUACUGUAUCAAUCCCGCUUUUAUGGUUUUCCUUUUUUUUUUUUUUUAAUUUUGUCUUAGCAUGUCUGAUGUUGAUCUCUAAAGUUGUAUGACAUUAAUUUAUCUUUUCUCUGAUGUUGAAAAAUGCCUUUGUAGUUUUGAUGAAGCGCUUUGGUCUUCAUAUUAACGCUGUUAAUAGUCAAUGUAAAUCUCCUCCCUUCAGGUUGCAAUGUUUAAUUUCUUUUUUGCUCUCGCGCCCAUUUUUUUUUUUUUGAAACAAAGGUGAGCAUGACAUCAAGUCUUGUUUAUUUGUUUUAUCCACCGCAGUUUGUGGUUUUUUUUUGGGGGGGGCAGCAUUUUGUUUUCAAACCCAGGAAUUGGUCAAAGAUGGAGGAAGAGUUGUCAGUGUGCUAAAAAAAGAAGACGAUAAAAAAAGGCUUGCCCUUCAGAUUGCACACUAUUGUUUUUUUUUUUUGGGGGGGGGGGGGGGGGGGCUGAAGUCUCAUCUUCCCCCAAUGUGUUAACGGACCGCGUCCUCGCCAAACUAGCGUCCUUCUACCCUUCCUCGGCCUCUUUCUCCCUCUGUUUACCAUCCCGCCCACCUUCUUUUUUAGUCCGACUGGAGCAUGGCCAGUUAAGCUGUCAAUGGCCUGCCCCACUUCCUGCUUUGUGCCCAUGUUGACGCUUCGGGCCCAAAGACCUGCUCAGUGAAAGGCCUCAUUGGACGCGAACACCAGGCCACAUGCGGAGCACAUACCACUGAAACAAACAGCACAGAUACAAUAAGACACAGGUGGAAGGUUCGACACAAGUAUGACAGUCACCAUUUUUUGUUUUUCUCUUAAACCCAAAGACUCACAGUAUUCCAACUUCCAAGCCUACUAUCCCCCCCAUGGCCACUUCUCUUCUUUUCCACUUUCCGUUUGUUUGUUCUUUCUUAAUUAAAGAGGCCUAACCUUCCAAUAGCUUGAUAGUAUAUAGAAAGAUAUAUAAAUACAGUAUAUAUAAUGUAUAUUCACAAAUGUUUUAAACCUUCAAAGUGCCUACCAUUUGGAUAAGAUCAUGCUCACAGUGAGCGUGAGGCGGGGGUCGAAACAGCUUGACUGGCAUUCAGUGUGCAUGGAUGACUGUAAUGGUAACAUUUUUUUUUUUUUUUUUUUUAGUCUUACAAAAAGCUGACAGUAUUGUACCUAUAAGUUGAAACAACACUACUGAAUAAACAUUGUGGCCUAAUAA